AUGGCCCGGUGGAGACAGCUACUCUGUGGUCUUGCGGUGCUGAUUGGCGUGAGUCAAGCUCAGACUGAUGCUGUGACGCCUUGGUUGGACGUCUGCACCUCGGAGGAUUUCCUCAAUUACCGAGCUCAGCUUUGUCCUGCCACUUUUGUGGUAUCAACCUUGGCCUUCAAUCCGCUCUAUCCCUUGGCGAUCUCCAACGUGACGAUCAUUCUCCAGCCAUCCGAAGAUUUGCAGAGCAGCAUUCAGACAACACAGUUCAUCGAACUCAAUCUGCCUGGCUUCGAGGCAAUUGGAACUACAAAUGUUGCGAAUGCCAACUUAAGGGACUUGCCCAUCACUGCUGGCAACACAGUGCCACUGGGAGUGGAUCCACUCUUCGGCUACAAUACUUAUGCGAAUCCGCUCUUCACUGACUUUGCCCAGUACAACAUCCGGACACGGCUCUUGAGACUCAUGGUCAGAACUGGAAACUCCUUGCUGUCCAACAGGGACACGGAGAUCACUGUGUGUUGUAUGAAACUCCCAGCUGCAUCCCCAAAGGACUUUACUGGCUACACGAUUUCCGGGCCGACCUCCUUGGACACCAUCGUGACGAUCCCGGAGGAGCCAAUUCUGUCGACGCCAUUCAUUGAUCCAGGCUUGCAAUGGGAGUUCUUGAGGGUGUCCUUUGAGCCACCGAUCUCGCAGCACGUCACGAUCAUCCACCUGACCUUGCGCCCUGCGAAUGCCCUGACCGACCGUGCACGGAUCAUUCUGAGCAUGCCAGAGAUUACGCGGGUGAACAAUGUGAGUGGGGAGGUCUCAUUCAACACCGCGAACAGCAUCAGCGGAGCUGAUUGGAUGUUCUUCGAGAGCUCAGCUCUGUGGGAUGCAGGAGUUGGCACACUCACCUUCUUCCUGCGACAGGGCAAGGUGCUGCUGGCCAGCCGGCAAGUGACACUGUCCACCAACCCCGGGGAGUUUGAGCUGCCUGUUGAGCUUGCGGCGGACAGCCCCACGUUGACGGUGUCUGCACGAUCCUUCGACAACAUUGAUGAAGUGGUGCGGGAAACACCAGUGACUCAGUCCAGCGCGGUUCCUCAUGUGCGCAACUUCACCUUCACCAGGUUGGCCUACACUAACAACGUUGCCAACCAGCAGACCAAUGUCCUCUUCCACUUCAUGACGAACCGACCGCUCUUUGCCGGAUCAGUCAUCUAUCUCCGCUUGUCUGGCUUCACAGCUCAACGUGUGGAAGUGCCCCUGAAAGGGACCACCAAGGUGCAUUUCCGAGAUGAAAGCGGAUACUUCAAUCUCCCGGAGAAUAUCCUGGAACUCCACAUUACCCGAACCAUCUAUUCGGAUGAGUCAUUGUUUGAGCUGGAAAUGGUGGAGCUGAUUCUGCCACCAGCGCUUUAUGCCAAUGACACCUCCUUGCUAGCUUGGAAUUCGGAUCCAGGGGCUCCGCAGCAGCCGGUGGACGACUCUCCGAUGGUGGGCAACGGCUACAAGACCUUCAAGCGAUCGCAGUUGGCCUUCGAGCCCUCAGAGCCGAGGUUGGCUGCCAACAUCACCUUCACGCUGGAGCCGUCGAUCGUCUUCUACCAGGGGGAUAUGAUCGUGAUCCACAUGUAUGGCUUCGCGUGCACGGCAACCACCAUCCCACUUCUGGGCCCGGAUGCCUUUCGCGUUGAGGGCCAAGCUGCUUCGUGGACUCCGGAGGAGAGCAUGCUGGUGUUCACCACUGCGCAGAACGAGAUCAUUAGCAAUGCCGCUCCCUUCCGAGUGAGCAUUGGCCGGGACGUCAACUUUCGGCUCCCAGACAAGCUCAGUGAGAACGACGGCAUUCUUAGAAUAGAAGGUAAAGGAGCUGAGGGGGUUCUCAUUGACCUGGAGCCUGUGAAAAAGAUCCCGAAAAUCGGAGACGACAAGUACGUCAUCGAGUCCCGCGUGGUCUUUCAACCACAGGAUGAGUCGGUCAAUGCCUUCACCCGGAUUAGCUUCUCCAUGGUGCUGAAUACCGAUGUCUUGCCCAAUUCGACCAUCUAUAUCAAACUGGGUGGUCUCGUUCGUGAUCCUGGUCGGACGAAUAUGGUGGGCGUGCAAGGCCCGGCGCGCUCGGGCGAGAUCAAGCUCUCGGGCGCCAACGGGCCGCUCUUCCGCGGCGAGGUGGGAUACUGGGACCAGGACCAGGUGCUUCUCACGGUGCAGAUGAUCUCCACGGUGCAGAUCUACGCGGGCGAGCGUGUCCGUUUCUUCAUUGAGAGGGACCAGGACUUCAAGUUGCCUUUCUCCGCCUAUCCCAACGACCCCUCCUUCAGGUUGGCGGUGCCGGAGGCUGGUAUCCCUGAGCGGCCCUUCUUGUUUUCCACACGGGUCAGCCAACAAGGAAAGGAAUUUGGCGUCUCAGAGAUUUUCUACGGAUCUCGCGGUGCAGUGGCAUAUCCGAACACAGUGGUGGAGUUCAACUUCAGGUUUCAGCCCAAUGUGAACCUCCCGGCGGGCACCACCGUGAGACUCACGCUUCCUGGCUUUACCUGCCCCUUUACCAGCGUUCCAAUUGGAACCCAAGAGGUGCCAGUGCUCGGUGAGAAGGACUUAAGUGACUUUAUCCGCUUCGGACAAUGGAACCAGAUGGAUAACACCUUUGAUUUGGUGGUGCCUGUUGGACAAGCGAUCUAUCGACAGCUGACGACGGUGCUGCGCAUCAUGCAGUCGGGUGGCUUCCGCUUGCCGAUCACUCCGCUGCUCCCUGAUGAUACGCGCCUAACGAUCCAAGCCAUUGGGAAUGUCGUGGUCUUCGAGGAGCCCAUCAAAAACUCUCCGCGGGUGGUUGACCGAUCUUUCCAGGUCUCGGAGUUCAUCUACGCGCCGCCACAGCAGGAUAGUAUAUUUCAGCUGAAGAUGCUGCUGCAGCCCACUGUGAACAUCACGCACGCGAAUGACAUCGUACUCUUUCUGUGUUUCCUGAGGCGAUCCGAAUUCGACCUGCUGUCCUUGCAAGAGUUCAGAAGAGAAGCGUUGAUCCAAUAUUCCAACACGAAUCAAUCCGAACCUUUGCGAAUCCUCAUCUUCUUCUUGUUCACGGUUUCCGCCCUGUCGGCACCUGCCUUUGCUCCCAGCAACGCAGCACUCUGGUACUAUGCUUUGGCGGUGCUCUUCUCAGUAGUCUUUGGCUUCUUAUUCGUGCGGGAGCGGGGGAAACGAACCGCUCAACUGGUGCGCUUGGAGAGAGAGUAUGCCAUCGGAGACCUGCCAGUGGAGCUGUUUAAUCCGACUCUGGCAGCCUCCAGAGGCUUUGAGCUACAGGCACUGCGCGGCUCGAAGCGCGUGGUGGCGCUCUUCGGCAGCUUCCAGCAGGUGAAGGAAAGCCUCCGAUCGGCGCGGCCCUACCGGAGGCGCUUUGUGCAAAGCGACGUCCUUAUACUUCCAGUCUGCUCCUCCUUGGAGGGUGCCGACGAGGUUGCCUUUGCUGCCUGGGGUGAGGCUGGUCUUCGUGCCAGUCGGGAUUGGCUGGCAAGGCCCCAGGCCUUACGCCGCUGGAGGAGCUACUUUCAAGGAAUACUGGAAGACAAGGAAGUAGCUGCUGGCCAGAGUUUGUGGGUGGGUCUCAGCUUAAAGGGACGGGUCUUUGGAAGUGACUUUGGCAUCCCCAUUUGGGAUGAGAUUUUGGCCGCCAUGCCUCCCACCAAAGCGCUGUCCUCCACGGAAGAGCUCUUCGCCCUGGCAGAGACCAGCUGCGGAGCACUGGAGGCGCAAAAAGACUUUUACGACGCACUCACCGGCGGCGACGUGGAACGGAUGCGAGGACUUUUUGAAGCGAAAGAUGAUGCCGAGCUGAGUGCCGCCCUUCAAGUGGAGCAAGAGCAAAGCAAUCUCAGCGGCUGGGACAUGGUGUUAGCCGCUGAGAAUCGUCCCCAGCUGGUCACUGCGAGCUUUGACUGCGUGAAGCAAUCCGAGACCCGCGCCAUCACCACAUGCAUCGAAUUUCCCGUCCUCGGGCCGACGCUACUGGCGACGCAGCUAUGGGCUCGCAGUUCUGAAGGCGAGCCGUGGCGCCUUCAGAGCCAUCGAAGCAUUCCCUACGCCAGCGGGGUGGAAGCGCGGGUGGCCCUGCGCUGCGACCACCGGGGGUGCAUUGCCUUCGGCAAGCCCGGCUUCCGGAACUCCUUGUCCAAAGUGAACAUUCACAUCAUGGGCGAGGACCGUGGGAGGAUCCAAGACUCCAUGGGCAGUUGGAAUGAGACCACCGCGCGGCUAACGCUGAAAGUGCCACUUAGAGAAGUGAUUCCAGCAUUUACAAUGCUGGAUCUUCGAGUAGAAGAGAGCCAGGGCUUCAUCCUGCCUUCAGCCCUCAAUGCCAAUGACACGUCGUUACGGAUCUCGUCCUUGAAUAACAUCCAGGAAGAGCCGAUCAAGACGUCGCCCAUGGUGGGCAACGGCCCCUUCACCGGACACUUGUACUGCAUGUUCCAGUACGAAGUGGGAACGCGAAGCCCUUCGCCGAUUUGCCCCACGGCCAUUGACUGCAAUCCGCCGUUGACGGACCCGUGCAACCCCUCGGAGCUGACGAGGUGUGGUUGUGAUGCUCGCGUGGACGAGAUUUUCCCGAUGAUGGUCCUGGGCUUCAACCUGCAGAAUGAGGAUUCCGUGCACUUCUUGCCCUAUGACCAGCUUUGCAACUUUGAUCUCAUAGGCCCCACGAUCCUGAACCCCUUCAGCGAGCCGCUCAGCCAGACGGUCUCCGAGAAUCGAGAUCAGGUCACCUACGAAGGAAUGACCUCGAUUUCCACGGGCAUUUACCGGGUUUGUGCCAACCAUGUUGGCCGGCUCUAUGAUGUGGGCAUGGUCAUUGUCCGGCCAUCCUGUCAAGUGCCACUGGUGCUGGUGGACGGUGCGUGUGUGGAGCAUUGUCCGCGCACGAAAGUGCCAGUGGCUGGCAAGUGCAUACGAGACACCAUGGCGUUCCAUGCAUUGGACACUGUGGACGGGCUGGGGUGA